UUCUUCGCUUCUUUCUUCCUAGCAACUUCCUUUCCUAAUAUUCCUAUUCUUAACACACCUAUAUAUACCAUCCUCCUUUACCAUAUUCUUCAUUCAUCAACUCUCUCAUUCUAUCUUACUAUCUUACCAAAAACAUUUUAUCCAAAAAGUGACAUUUUGUAUUAUCCAUGGCAUCCUUACACUUCAAAACUUUGUACCUUGCUCUUUUUCUUUCCCUCCUUGGCUUUUCCUUGGCGGCGAGGCGGCUCAGUGACUCGACUGAGCCGAUGGCCUUCCAAUAUCAUAAGGGUCCCCUCCUUAAUGGUAAAAUUACGAUCAACCUUAUAUGGUAUGGUCAAUUUAAACCUGCCCAACGUGCUAUUAUCUCUGACUUUAUCACCUCCCUAUCAUCCUCCCAACACGAAGCCCAGCCAUCCGUUGCCACAUGGUGGAAUUCCAUAGGCGAGUAUCAUCGUCUCGCUGAUCCCAAGAAACCUACUUCCACUCUCUCCCUUUCCCUAGGCAAGCAAGUCAUAGAUGAGACAUACCCCCUAGGCAAGUCCCUAACCAACAAGCACCUUGUAGAGCUAGCCACCAAAUCCAGUCAACAAGUCAACGCAGUCAACAUAAUUUUAACCGCAUCCGACGUGGCAGUAGAAGGGUUCUGUAGAAGCCGAUGUGGAACCCACGGAUCAUCCUACAUUUCCAAAAGUACCUCCCAAAAAUCCACCUACAUUUGGGUUGGCAACUCGGAAACCCAAUGCCCGGGCCAAUGCGCUUGGCCCUUCCAUCAGCCCAUAUACGGCCCGCAAAGCCCACCAUUGGUUGCACCCAACAACGAUGUCGGGCUCGACGGUAUGGUGAUCAACUUGGCCUCCUUAUUAGCCGGGACCGUGACGAACCCGUAUGGAAACGGGUACUUCCAAGGCCCGAAGGAAGCCCCACUUGAGGCUGCUUCGGCUUGCCCCGGUGUAUACGGUAAAGGGGCGUACCCGGGUUAUGCCGGGUCCCUUUUGGUGAACCCGACUACUGGUGCUAGCUACAAUGCAAAUGGAGUUAACAAGAGGCAGUUUUUGCUUCCUGCUUUAUAUGAUCCUUCAACUUCAUCUUGCUCCACUUUGGUCUGAUAUAUUUUAAAGUAAAGUUUUCCAUAGUGUAAAGAUACUAGACUUUUAGUUCGGUAAUGGUGUAUUAAUUUUAUUCAAUUUGUAAUAGUUAACCUUGUUGAGAAUUAUAAAUUUAUAAUACUACGAGUUUUGAAUACCUAA